UUCAGAAAAAGAAAAAAAGAGCAAAGGAAGAUAGCAAUGAGAGAAGCUUGGCUUGGAUUAUCCUUAGUAAUUAUUGCUUAUUUGAUCGAAUUAGCUUCUUCUACCGUUGUCUUGAAGCCCUUCUCCCUGUCCUUCGCCGACCUUCCCGCCAAAUUCGCUCGUGGCAUGAAUAACUCGGCAGUUUGCGGAGCACUAGAAGUGGCGGAUCCCUUGGAUGCUUGUACUCGGCUCCGGAACGAAUUCGGUUCCAACAGAACUGACUGGGUAAAGUUUGCUUUGAUAAUUCGGGGCGAUUGUUCUUUCGAGGAGAAAAUCCGAAACGCUCAAAGUGCGGGUUUUUCUGCGGCAAUUGUUUACGAUGAUAGAAAUGGAGGCAAUUUAGUUUACAUGAUGAUGGACCCUAAAGGAAUAGAAGUGCAAGCUGUUUUCGUUUCAAAAUCUGCCGGUGAAUUUUUGAAAGAUCAUGCUAAAGGGGAAAUGGGAGAAUGCUGCAUCUAUAGGCAGCUGAAUGGAAGGGCGUGGACAGUAUUUGCUAUCUGUUUUCUAUCACUUGUUGUUAUAGCAGCUUUCUUGGUGAUAGCCUUCAUUGGCCCCAGAAGCUUGUCAAAUUGGCGAGGAAGAAACUCAGUAAAAAGUGUGGAUACCAAGAUGGUCGAAGCUCUUCCUCGUGUCACGUUUAGUUCUGCUCGUUUGAGUCAGUGCUGCACUGGAGAAACUUGUGCAAUUUGCCUUGAGGAUUACAAGGAUGGGGAAAUUCUUAAAGUUCUUCCUUGUCAACAUGAUUUUCAUUCAAGCUGUGUGGAGUCAUGGCUGACUAAGUGGGGAACAUUCUGCCCUGUUUGCAAACUCGAUAUGACAACCAAAAUUGCAUAUUCUGAGAUCAAGCGGAGUAGCCGGGUUUAGAAUCAAUGAUUGGGCAUGAUCAUUUGGCUUUCUUUUCAAAUUGGUGUGCUUUGUGCUCGGGAGGGACAUCCCCAUCAGAAGGUUAUUUCUGCACCUGUCUCUUCAAAGUAUAGACAAGAGGUCCGGGACGAUGCUGAUGUAGCCUCUUAAUGUGAAGUCAGUAAAAUUGUUGCAGUGUGAUGUCCAACUAAUCUUCUUGCCUGGCAUCAAAAUGAACCACGGGCAUCUUGCCAACCAAAACCUAACAGUCUUGCCUGCACAAAAUCCUUGUAAAUGGUUCUUCAGCUUUAGUUCAAAUGGCUGAAAGUUUUACAAGCCGUCUGCCAUGCUUGUUUGUAUAAUAAAAAGCUGAUGUUCCAAGAUGGCUCA